GGCAGGCGCGAGGCGGCGACUGGGCACCGCCAUUUUGCCGGUGGCCGUAGGAACACGCUGUGGGACUGAGAAGUGGAGGCGAGAGCCGACCUGGCCUCGGCGCUCCCCUCGGCAAGGGGAUCGUUUCUCCAGACGAGCUGGAUAUUCUGACUUUCUUAGAAAUAUGGCAGAUAAAUUAACAAGAAUUGCUAUUGUCAACCAUGAUAAAUGUAAACCUAAGAAAUGUCGACAGGAGUGCAAGAAGAGUUGCCCUGUGGUUCGAAUGGGAAAAUUAUGCAUAGAGGUUACACCCCAGAGCAAAAUAGCAUGGAUUUCUGAAACUCUCUGUAUUGGUUGUGGUAUUUGUAUUAAGAAAUGCCCCUUUGGCGCCUUAUCAAUUGUCAAUUUACCAAGCAACUUGGAAAAAGAAACAACACAUCGAUAUUGUGCCAAUGCCUUCAAACUUCACAGGUUGCCUAUUCCUCGUCCAGGUGAAGUUUUGGGAUUAGUUGGAACUAAUGGUAUUGGAAAGUCAACUGCUUUGAAGAUUUUAGCAGGAAAGCAAAAGCCCAACCUUGGAAAGUACGAUGAUCCUCCUGAUUGGCAAGAAAUUUUGACUUACUUCCGUGGAUCUGAAUUGCAAAAUUACUUUACCAAGAUUCUAGAAGAUGACCUAAAAGCCAUUAUCAAGCCUCAAUAUGUUGACCAGAUUCCCAAGGCUGCAAAGGGGACAGUGGGGUCUAUUUUGGACCGAAAGGAUGAAACAAAGACACAGGCAAUUGUAUGUCAGCAGCUUGAUUUAACCCAUCUAAAAGAACGAAAUGUUGAAGAUCUUUCAGGAGGAGAAUUGCAGAGAUUUGCUUGUGCUGUCGUUUGCAUACAGAAAGCUGAUAUUUUCAUGUUUGAUGAGCCUUCCAGUUACCUAGAUGUCAAGCAGCGUUUAAAGGCCGCUAUUACAAUACGAUCACUAAUAAAUCCAGAUCGAUAUAUCAUUGUGGUGGAACAUGAUCUAAGUGUGUUAGACUAUCUCUCUGACUUCAUCUGCUGUUUAUAUGGCGUACCAAGUGCUUAUGGUGUUGUUACUAUGCCUUUUAGUGUAAGAGAAGGCAUAAACAUUUUUUUAGAUGGCUAUGUUCCAACAGAAAACUUAAGAUUCAGAGAUGCAUCACUUGUUUUUAAAGUGGCUGAAACAGCAAAUGAAGAAGAAGUUAAAAAGAUGUGUAUGUAUAAAUAUCCAGGAAUGAAAAAAAAGAUGGGAGAGUUUGAGCUAGCAAUUGUAGCUGGAGAGUUUACAGAUUCUGAAAUCAUGGUGAUGUUGGGGGAAAAUGGUACUGGUAAAACGACGUUUAUCAGAAUGCUUGCUGGAAGACUUAAACCUGAUGAAGGAGGAGAAGUACCAGUCUUAAAUGUCAGUUACAAACCACAGAAAAUCAGCCCCAAAUCAACUGGUAGUGUUCGACAGUUACUGCAUGAGAAGAUCCGAGAUGCUUACACUCAUCCACAGUUUGUGACUGAUGUAAUGAAGCCUCUGCAAAUUGAAAACAUCAUUGAUCAAGAGGUGCAGACAUUGUCUGGUGGUGAGCUGCAGCGAGUAGCUUUAGCUCUCUGUUUGGGAAAACCUGCUGAUGUCUAUUUAAUUGACGAACCAUCUGCAUAUUUGGAUUCUGAGCAGAGAUUGAUGGCAGCUCGAGUUGUCAAACGCUUCAUCCUCCAUGCUAAAAAGACAGCCUUUGUUGUGGAACAUGACUUCAUCAUGGCCACCUAUCUAGCAGACCGGGUCAUCGUAUUUGACGGUAUUCCAUCUAAAAACACAGUUGCCAACAGUCCUCAGACCCUUUUGGCUGGCAUGAAUAAAUUUUUGUCUCAGCUUGAAAUUACAUUCAGAAGAGAUCCAAAUAACUACAGACCAAGAAUAAACAAGCUCAAUUCAAUUAAGGAUGUAGAACAAAAGAAGAGUGGAAACUACUUUUUCUUGGAUGAUUAAACUGAGAAUACUUAUAAGCCAUUUAUUAAGAGAAACAUUUAUUGGGAUUUUUGUCGUAUAAAACUUUAAUCAGGUUUUAUGCCUCAUGCGCUGGAGCUUGAAGAAUAAUUAAUGUAACAUCAAAAGCCAGUUAUGGUGUUUAUGGUAAUUUGAACACAGAAAAUGCCAUUUUUCCGUUCUUGAUAAGGCCCUUUGUGCAUAACAUUCUAAAAUGAAGACAUUUCAGGCUUUACAGAUUACCUCCAAGUUUUCAUGUGAUACGGAAGAUUUUCAGUAGAUGUAUUAUAUUCAUGUACCAACUGCUGACCAGUGUUGCCCCGUUUUAAAAAAUCUUGAAAGUUUCUGUACUUCGAUGAUUUGCCAAGUAUCCAAGAUAAAGAAACUGCCCUUAUUUUAAAAACCAGUCAAAGACUCCAUAGAUGAAAUUUGAUAAAUAAACUUCAGGAUUAUAUUUGUUAUUUGUUUUCAGUCUUUGCACUAUAUUCUGUGUAUUUAGACUUUCAAAGGAAAGUGUUGGAGAUGGUUGUUUCCAACUUAAACAUUGUUUACAAUGUUUUUGGUGCUUUUGAAUAUCAAAAAUCAUUUCAACACCACACCCCCAGAAAAAAACUCUAACCUUUACUCUGAAUUUUCCAGUUUUAGCAUAUUCCACAAGGUUCUGUGUUCUGUAAUUAUUCUCAAAGUAUAGCGUCAUUCUUUCAACAUACAUUUUAUAUAAUCACUUAUAAAAUUAAGAGAAAAGCAUUUCUAAAGCAUAUUUGCUUCCCUUAUAAGUACAGGCUCAGCACCAGAGUUGGUGCCUAAGCAUCUAUGUAUUUUUACACUUUCCCAGAUUUCUGAUGGCCGCCAAAGACUGUGAGCCACUUACCUAAAAGCACCAGUAAUGCAAAAACAGUCCUCAGAUAGCAAUAUGAUGUAUCCUGUGGUACCAAAUAUAUACAUUUCUAAGUUUGGAUGUAGAGGACAUUUUUUCAAUAUAUUUGACUUUUUUUUUUUUUUUUUUUUUUGGAUAGUAUAACAAGUUCUAAAAUGAGUUCAAACAGUGAGAUACGUAUAGUGUGAAAACACUUAUAGUUUUGACUAAUGCACUAAAGUGGAACUAAGUACAAGUGAGGAGGAGGGUUGGAGAAUAAACUAAUGGGGCAGACAAAAUAGGGAGGAAAAUUAGAAAUUAAUGAACAGACUUUUAGACCUUCAAGCAAACCUUUGAUUAAUAUGCAAACAGUGGACAGAGGUCUAACUGGGCCCCAUUAGGCCUUGAAAAAAAUAAUUGAUGUAAAUCGUAAAUGUGUUUUUAAAAAUUCAGAUAAUACAGAAACAGAUGGAAUAAAGCUACAAUUUUCGUUCACAUACCCUGCCAAAGCGUCCCCGUGUUUGCGUUUAAUUAUACCCAUUCAUGCUUUUUUCUGUGCACUUAACCUAAGUGAAAAUGUAAAGGGUUUGUUUUGUAUAUAAAUGGGGUUAUACUAAAAUAAGUAGUGCCUAUUUUUAAGAUAGGUUAAAUUUGUGAAUUAUUAUUUCAAAUAUAUUGAAUAAAAUAAGACAAAAGCUAUUUUUAUUUACUGAUUCCGUAUUUUGUCCUAGAGUUAAAAUACUGAUGUUAAGAACACAGUUCUACUUACUGCUGAUAAAAGAUUGUUGUACAUAUAGGUAAAUGAAAUGUUUAUGUAGCAAUAGAAAGGACUUGAGUUGCAUACAAAAGAAGGUUUUCUAUAAAGUCAUUGUUACCAACUCAAAUACACCAUGAAUGCAAGCUGUUAAAUAUUAAAAAGAAUAAGACUAACUGCUCCAUACAUCCUGACUAGGAAAAAACCUCCAAGCAAAAUAUGGUGCAAGGUAGUUUAUAAUAUACCACUCUAUAGGAAAAUAUUAAAAUACACAAAAGGAGGGCCUCCCCAGUGGCACAGCAGGUGAGCAGCGCACUGUGAAGUGGCCGCAGCCUCUGCAGCGCAUGUUCGAUUCCCUGCCGGCCAGGGAGAAACCCACAUGGCUUGGCAGACCUCUCCUGUCUCGCCUGCUGCUCCCCUCGACACUGUAUUUCGUCAGUCUGCCUGUUCUGUUCCCCACUCUGUCUCUGGUGAAUCCUCUCACCGUCCUACACAUCUGGCCUGUACCCCAGUUCU